AUGCCAUUGACUCUUACUGUAAGACUUCCAUACUGUAAACCACAUGAAUUAAAACACUAUUUCUGUGAUCUGGCACCACUUCUGAGUUUGGCAUGCGCUGAUGUAACCCCUGUAAACACUGCCAAUCAAUCAGCCAGCACUAUUGCUACCUUGUUCAUCCCUAUUUUCAUUUUGCUCAUGUAUAUAAUUAUAAUAUACUCCAUAAUGAAGAUAAAGACAAAGCAAGGACGGAGUAAGGCAUUCUCCACCUGCUCAUCACACCUGUCUACUGUCAUCCUUUUUUUCAGCAGUGUUUUUUGUUGUCUAUGUUGUGCCAAAAGAACUGCAUAA